UGCAUACGUGCAGGCGUGAGUGUUUUUGUGUCCUAUAGGGGCACGUGUGGGUAGGUGUGGGAACACCUGUGUGUGGGAGAGCAUUGACUCCCGGAGUCAACUUGACCAUUGUACCUAAGCAUUUAUACUUUGUUACCAAAAAUGAGCUCUAGUAGUAGUGAAGAGGAUGCCACAGACCUUGAGUCUGCAUCCAGCUCCCCGGAAACAGAAAACUUCUACUCGCAGUAUGUGAUCUUGAAGACCAUUGGCCGUGGAGGCUUUGCCGAGGUAAAACUGGCCUACCACCGCUUCACCAGCACCCUGGUGGCUGUCAAAGUACUUCAGAAGGAGAAUAAGUGGUGCUUUCCGGUCCAACCCGAGGUCAAUAUUAUGAAGAUGAUCAACCACCCUAACAUCAUCUCCCUUCUCCAAGUGAUUGAGUCUGAGAAGAGAACAUACCUCAUCAUGGAGCUGGCAGCGGGAAAACAACUCUAUCACUACGUUCGAAAGGCUGGCCACCUGGAGGAAGACCAAGCCCGGGGGAUCUUCAGGCAAAUCCUAAGUGCUGUGAGUUACUGCCAUGAACAUGGAAUAAUUCAUCGGGACCUGAAACCAGACAACAUCAUGGUGGAUAAGAACGGAAAAGUCAAAAUCAUCGACUUUGGCCUUGGCGCCCAAGUUAAACCAGGGCAAAAACUUGCCUUUUACUGUGGGGCUUUCAAAUUUGGUGCCCCUGAAUAUUUCCUUAAAAGACUUUAUGACGGCCCCAAGGUCGACAUAUGGAUGUUAGGAGUAGUUUUAUAUUUCAUGGUAGUCGGGAAAGUCCCAUUUGUUGGUGUCACCGUACCAGAGCUCCGACAUCAGAUUGUGAAUGGGAAUUAUACUGUACCCUUGGGCCUGUCAGAAGAACUCCGGGACCUGCUUAGCCUCCUAAUGACAGUCGACCCCAUGUGUAGGCCAACAGUGGAUGAAGUGAUGACACACCCCUGGCUCAGGAAAGACGUGGAGGAUUCACCAAACGACUGUGAAGAAAUGGUCCCUGGCUUGCCUGACCCUGCAAUAGUGAAAGCCAUGGAACACAUUGGGUUCCAAGCCCAGGACAUCAAAGACUCAUUACAACAGAGAAAAUUCAACCAGACCACGGCAUCUUAUUCCUUACUAAAAAGGCAGGCUCUCCAGUGGCCUACCUGCACAACCUUGGCUCAACCCGUGAAUCCAGGGUUGGCGCCAUUCCCUUCCCUAGAGGAUCCUGUUGCUUUCCCUCUACCUCCCAGGAGGAGAAGUAGUGAGCCUGCCCUUGGCACAUUGCUCAGAGGGUCAUCCACUAGUGGUCAGGUGUCUGCCUAUGGCCAGCAGGCAGGUCAAAGAGGACACAGAAGGGCCAACAUUCCUCUCCACUCGCCACUCCAGAGAACACUCACUUUGGACCAAGACCCCCAACGCUCCAAGAGUGCCCCUUGCAUUUGCUCAAUGAGUACCAGCAGUGAUAACAAAGAAGAUGACUUAUGCUCCCACAGAGACUCAGCAAAGGACAAGUCCACCCGCAGCCAUGGCCAGCCUCGAGGCUUGAGGGCAUGGACAAGGAGGAUAGGAAACACCCUUAUGGGACUCUGCUGCUGCUGUCCAUCAAGGAAGAAACCUCUGUGGGGGCGGAACAAAGUCUUCCCUCAGAAAUGAGGCACAAGGAGGGCGUCUGGAGAACAAGCAGCAGGCCUGGCCCAGAGUUCUUCAGAGGAUGCAGAACAUCACAAAUCUGCAGCCGUGGUGUUGGAGAGGACUCAUGUAUGGGAAGAGACCUGCAGACGGAACCAUGCAGAAAGCCCAUGAUGCCCUGUGUCUGUGCCCUGCACAGAGGUCCAGCCAGGAAGAAGGGAGCAAAUGAUGGAAUCCUGGGCCACAGGAAUUCUGCAAGGACCCUGCCCCUCAAAGGCAUCCAUAAUCAGGGGGCAGGAGCCAAAAACAUGUCCAAAGUUUACCCAGGCCAUGACCGUAUGCCCACAUGGUGUCUCCGGAUGAGGGAUGGCGAUCGGGAGCCGAGUCUUGGUUCCACCUCCUUGGAGGUCAACCCUUAUGUGGAAGUGCCGGGCAAACCGAAAUGAAAAAAAAAAUGUGCCUUCCUAACGGAAUGGGCAGACAAACAUGACAGACA